UAUUUUGCUGUCAAGUUAAGAUUGUGAGUUAAAAAAAUGGAUGAAACUGUUUCGACAAUUCCUCCUGUCAGUAUUAUACCUAAAAAUGUAUACGGACUACGUAAGGAAGUUAAUGGAAAUAUACAUUUUAGUUUUAACGAUGAAGUAAUUUAUCCAGUGGAAAGAGUGUUGGUAUUUCAUGAUUUCUCUACAAAUAAACAAAGAUUUUUAAGAUUUCCUGAAAAUACAAUACCAUCAAUAAUAUCAAUCAACUUAAGCAGACGAUUGCUGGCUGUUGUAGAAAUCACCUCAUCUGUCACUAUCGAAACUAACAUAGCAAUAUAUGACACAGCAACACUCAAAAAACGUCGCAACUUUCAACUACCCGGUGAUGCCAAAAAUAAGAAAAUAUCAAAAGUUGUGUUCGGUUAUGAUUCGAGAUCAAUUAUUGUUCUUACAAAAUUUCCAAAUCAAACGCUUUACAUGAUGUGUUUUGAUAAAACUGGAAAAAUUUCGGAAUCCGUUAUAGGUCCCCCGAAUCAACGAGCCACAGCUACAUGUAUUGCAGGAAAUCCUGAAGAUACUGGUAUGGUAGCUGUGUGUGGUGAUGGAAUUGUAAAACUUAUGUCAAAAUCCGAAACGUGUUUUACAACAACUUCCACCGUUAAAGCACAUUUUUCUGUAAAGUCCCUUGCAUGGUUAUCAAUUGAAUCAUUAUUAUUGGGUCUUAAUGGAAACAAAUUGAUACUUAUCGAAAACGCUGAAGUGAAGUUGCAUUUGAAUGCAUCUGAAUUAGAAAAAUUAGAUUUGUCAGCCGAUCCAGAAUUGGUAACCGAAGAUGUACACCUAGAAAGGCCAUCAACUUAUCGCCGUCGUCGCAAAAGUAGCAUAGACGUAGAACCUCAUGAAGCUGUAAUGUGUAUGAUUGCUCUGUCAAAAAGUCUAGCAUACGUAAUUGAAGAUAAAGUUUUUUUCUUCGAGAAAGUGUCAAAAGUUGAAUACAAAAGGAUAGCUAUUAUAAGACUCGACAAAAAAUUAUAUUCUGAGGAUUUGUUUAGAAUCAAAAAUAUGACAGUGAAUGCUCAACAAGAUACUGUCAUAGUGACAGCUGGACAUAGUCAAAUUUAUGAAUGCAGUUUAAAAAAUAUUAAAUCGGGUGAAACUGGAUCGUUGCAGGUAUUCAAACCUCUUGGUGAAUUUAUUCAUAUUGAUGAAAUCGUUGACAUUUCGAUUUGUUCAUGGAGGACAAUUAUAAUGACAGCUUCAAAAGAUCAAACUAUUAGAAUAUGGAAUUAUGAAACAGAAAAAGUGGAAUUAGUUAAACAGUUUUAUGUUGACAUUUCUGUCGCCGAGCUCAAUGCAACUGGACUAUUUGCAGCAAUAGGUUUUACAGAUCAAUUGAAAAUCAUGCAAAUUUUCAUGGAUGAUUUAAAUAUAAUGAAGGAAUACGAUAUUCCACGCUGUUCUCAAGUGAAAUAUUCUCACUUUGGACACUUAAUGGCAGCUUCUUUUGGUAUCUUGAUUUCCAUUACGUCUGUUUAUAAUCUUGAUAUAAUUAGGACGUUAAAGGGUCAUUGUGGAAAUGUCUUAAGUCUUGCUUGGUCACGAGAUGACAAAUACUUAAUUUCUGGAGGAGAUGAAGGUGCCAUUUAUCAAUGGGAUAUCGAAACUGGAGAACGUAUUCAAGAAAUCGUUCAAAAAGGAACCGAAUACAGGGCACUUUGUUGCACUGAGGAUCCAUUUUCAAUACUUGCCCUGACUGGUUCGGGCUUCCUGAGAGAGUUUAUUAAUUCCGAAAUCGCACGAGAACUUAGUACACCUGAAAGGACACCAUUUCUGUCACUUGCCCUUGCCAGAUCGGAUCUUAUAAUGUUUGCAUCGACAGACUCAGGUCAUUUGUAUAAUGUCCAACUACCAUUUUUAGAUGCUGGAGGUGGUACAUUCACGAACUAUCGAUUUUUCGACAGUCCUGUUACAAAGGUUGUAUUCUCGUAUGAUGGCACUCUUUUGAUAACAGCUUCUAAGGUAGGAACUUUGGUAAUCUGGUAUCUUCAAAAUAUAGAUGGAAAAGUCGCCCCGCUUGAUCAAGACCUUUUAAAAGGCCAAGAAGUUAUUAUUCCUAUAUCUUCGCUUAAGAGAACGAACGAACAAAUUGCGCAUUUAGAACUUCGUAUAAUUCAACAAGUUGAAGAAUUUAAACGUCAACAGAGACUUAAUGAAAUGUGUGGCAGUCAGCAGCUGGCAGACGUCCACAAACAAUAUAAUUAUAUUUUGGAAAUCCUGAAGGAUCACGGCAAUAUGUUGGAAGAUAAUCACAUUAAUACAAUUAAUAAAAUAGUUCUUCUAAUUGACGAUAUGAAGGCUGAUCAUCAAACACAGGUCCAAACCUUAACGGAUCAGUUCACUGAACGUAUGUUGAUAGAUCGUGAAAAAUACAAGACUUUCACUACAAAUAGUGAACAGCUUCGAGAUGACUACGAGAAUAAACUGAAGAAGUCAGCUGAUAAAUUACAAGUGACUAUCGAUGCUCUGGAAAUUGACUGUAAAAGACAGCUUGCAAUGUGCGACAAAGUAACACGAGAAGUAACGCAAGCACUAAAGAAUAAAAACUUUCAGUUUAACGGAUACUGCGAAACGGUGGCUUCGGAAAAUGAAAGGAACAAGGCGGACAACGUCAAUAAAUAUGAACAAAUUCUCAAAACCGAACAGGAAGAAGAAAUUAUCUGGCGUGGUAAGGCAGGAGUCUUAAAGCAAAAGGCAAUAACAGUUAGUAAAGAAGCUGAACGUCUGAUGGGAGAAGUUAAAUUACUUGAUGAAGAGCUUACAAAAUCUAAGAAAAUAAUCGAUAAAUUACAGCGUGAAAUUGAAAACUUGCUCUUAGAUUUAUCGGACUGCGAUUUCGUUAUAAAAGUUAAAGAAAGACAAAUCUCAGUCGUACUUAGCAAGAACCAAGAAAUCGAAAAGCACAUGCAAGUGCUACUUUACAAGAUCACCGAGUUAAAUAAUCAAAUUGAACCACGAGAGCGUCAAAUAUAUCUGAAAAGAAAGGAAGCAAGUGAAAAAGAUUUCGAGUUGAACUCCCUGAACAACACCAAUGUUCAGUUAGUAGAACAGCUCAAAAAACUUGAAGAAAAUUAUCGAGAAAAUCUUGACAAUAUGAAAAAGAAACGUCAAGCUGCAAAAAGUGCACGCCAAUUGUUCUUCACUUUAUGCACAAAACUCUACCAUAUUGCUGGUAAAGUUGAUGAACCAGAUGAGGUUAGAGAUGACAUUCGUGAGUUAGCAGAAAAAUAUACAACCAAUGAGUAUUUGCAAUGGCGUAUCAAAUGGGAUACAGAUGCCAAGGCUGAGUUUGUCCGGCAGAGGGCGUACUUGGAGAAUUCCAUAAAAACUUCUAGACAAAAACUGCGAGACAAACAUAAAACACAAGAAUCCAUUGAUGUUUUGGAAAAGAAUAAUAAAUUGUUGAAUGAAAUUGAGGACUGGCAAAAAGCAAAUGCUGAUAAUGAAAGAGAGAAAGAAGACUUGAUAAAUGCAUUGAAAUUAACUAAUCGUGACAGUUCCUAUACUCAAAGACAGCUAACUAUGACAUUAGAGGAAAUUGAGAAUUGUAGGAUUGAAAAUCAAGAUGAAAUCGAUACUUUAAUGUCAAAACUUAAAGACUUAAAACUAACAAAUGAUGAACUUCAUCGAGAAUUGAAAGAGAUUAAUAAUCAUGCAAAAGUGUGAUUUCUUUUUAAAUGAAAAAGAUUUGUCAUGUAAUUAUAUUUGACAUUAUAUUUGAUAUUAUAUCUUUGUGAAAUAUAAAAAGCAAAUUAAUAAAAUGAGAAA